AUGGCUCUUGCUGGCGAGGACCAAAGUGAUUACGUGGCGGAGACGACGUCGAGUGUCUCAGAAACCACGCCAUUGAUUGCCCCCGCCGCCCCGAAAGGGUGGUGGAUGGGGGAAGAGUGGCUGUGGACCCGCGGCUGGCGACGCCACUCCCGGGCCCAGCGCCACACCCGAGUGGUGCUUUUGCUGGUGCUUGCGGCCAUCGUGUUGUCGGGGUUUGCGUUGACGGUAUUUAUCGGUCUCAAUCUCCACUCGUUCGUCGAUGAGCUGGUUAUAGUUACCGUCCAUAAAGUGGACAUUGUCGGGCUCCACACCAACGGGUUUGACGUGGUGGUUCGAGCAAACUCAACGGUGGAUUACUCGCGAGUAAACAGUACCGUGGUGCUGUGGGCGUUGCUGUUGGGAGCGGGGAUUAUGGGGUACGUUACCGCUAUGCCUGUGGACGGAGUCGAUUUAUGGGCUAAACCGACAGUGGCUGAAGUGGAGUCGCUUGCGUUGGGUACGUUUUAUCCUGAAACGGCGAUGACGGUGAAUAUCACUAAUCACCGAGCCUCCCAAUUGGAUGUAAAGGGGCUUGUUCGCUUAGAUGUGGCUAACCUUGUUCGGUUCCUUCAAUACGUUAAUGAUGUCCCUGAUGCGGUAGUGGAAGUGGAUGGCCGAGCAGUAAUGGAUGCCCAAGUGAAAGUAGGGAGAUUUCUACCACCAGUGGUGGUUAAGGGCGUGGAAUUCUCGAAACACGUGUGGCUUGAAAAGACGACCCUCUCUCAGUAUACGGUGAAGGAGACGGAUAACGGACUUGAAUAUUAUGGAGAGAUGAACCUAGGGAAUUCGUCAAUCUCCGUAAAUGUCCCAGAGACUGAUGUUUACGCCUGGGGGUGUGAUGACUACCAUGACCUAAAUGCUACCAUGGCCAUGUCUACCAUUAAAGAUAACACUUUAAGAGUGUCGGGAGUGCUUGGCAAGAUACCUGACAAAUUCCUCAAGAGUUGUGGUCACGAUUUAUCCCCUAUCAAUCGAUGGGCUCAGAUAAUAAUGGCGCAGCCGUGGCCGCUUCCUCAGGUGCUAGGGGUUUCUAUCAAUGCCCUUGACGUCAUAAUCGAUUCCAGCGGGCCUGGAAUCACCAGCCACCACAACUCACUGGUGCUGAUUUACCUUGCAAGCCCUCACCACGUGCGCAUCCCUCUGUGGCGAGUGACGUCGUUUGUGAGUAACGUGACGGCGUGGAAUGACGAUAAUGCCAUUAUCCACGGUACUACCAAGGGACUGGAGGUGCUCAACACCUAUUAUAGUCCGUUUCUGGUGGAGAUUGAUUGGCACAGCACGAACCAUAAGAGCGAGGUCACUAACGCUAAAAGUGCGGGGAAAUGGGCCAACGCUUGGCUCCACCAUGAUCAUAAACCUUUAGAGCUCGCUGUUGACUUGAAACUGGUGGAUAUCGAACUGUCCGUGCUUUCCACUAGGCUCUAUGACCUACAGCUUAAAGUUCCCGCUACUAUUCCCCCCGUGGUUCCGUCGUUAAAACCUAAUGUGCUGAUCGAUUCAGUGGUGUGUCUUGAACUGAAACAGAACCGAGUCAAGUUUACUGUGACCGGUACUGUAAUCUGUGAGGGCCUAGUGACGGUGGAUGCCAGUUCGGAGUCGGUGACGGUGGCGUUAGCUUCAAAUAAUGAGACGUGGGGUUAUGCCACCGUACCACAAUUAGUGGUUCCCGGAAGAGGCAAUCAGGCUCCGUUUAGCGUGGAUGUCACGUUAAAUGCCUCGACACCAGAAUCGUUCGCUCAGUUGGCGGCAGUGAUGUCUCAGCUUAUUCUGGGGGAUACCGAUGUUGCCGUGGAUAUCGUCAAAAUGACGAGUAACCCUAACCCCGAGCUUCUGACGCUCUUAGGAGAGAUGACCAUCCCUAAAGUACCUGUCCCCGAGCUCCAUUUCGUCACUGGUUGGCAGGGGGAGCCGGCGCUGCCGUUUAUCCUCGAGCUGACGGUACAUAUUGUCCAGAAGAAGUUUACCGUUACAGCGUUUAACCCCGUGGUCAACUUACCGCUUACGGUAGUGGUGUUACGAGGAACAGCGCUGUACCACGGGGUUAUAUUAGGCCACAUGGAGCCCUACCGAGUGCUAGCGGUGACUCCCGGAGUAUGGCGGCUGGCACCGUUACCUAUCGUCAUUGAGGACGUGGGGAUGGAUAUAUUGAGACGAGUGCUAAAUGGGGAUUUGGCAGUGGACAUAGACGCUGAGAUCGAAGUGACGAUGGGGUCGUUUACUGUCCCGAUCCACUACCAGGCCCAGGGGAUCCAACUGAACAUUAGAUGGUAG